UGUCCGAAUGGUCGCGUUGACUCGCCAAGCUAUCGGCCUUAUCACGCUGAAGAAAUGAAUCGACCAAAAUAGCACCGCAGCCUGGGCAUCCUCACCAGGGAGUACCCGUCAUACCACCGACAGGGAAGGCUUCUACGGCUACGGAUUCUUCGCGGUCAUGAAGACAUUCACUGACGAUUGGAUGCCCAUCACCUGGUCACAUCCGGGAGACCUGGUUACUCGAUUACCCGGCCGUCCGUUGAGACCGUCUGCAGACUAGCACUCAAUACGACAUCACAAGCGCGAGCCUCGAUGCCAUCACAUCACGAUGAGAGACGGGUCAUGCCACUGAAUUCGCCCCGCUUCGCAGAUAUAUAAAGAACUCAAGAUCCCAUCUGGAUUGUCCUGACAUCCAACCCAUCAAUCCUCAGUCAAUCAAUCCAGCAAGAUGCAUCUCGCACACCUCACCAUCCUCGCUGUCGUCUCCCACCUCGCGGCGGCAGUGCUGCCCCGCGACGACAGUCCCACUACCCUCGUCGCGGUGCCCUCUGCGGCCGUCGCCAAUGCUGUGGCCACCCCCUCUCCGAUUCAGCCGGGCAUGACCAGCAACUGCAACUCUUUCCAUCUGGUGGGCACCGGGGACACCUGCACUACCAUUGCCAGCAGUGCAGGCAUCUCCCUGGCCAACUUUUAUUCCUGGAACUCCGGUGUCGGGACUGGCUGCGACACCCUCUGGCUGGGAUAUUAUGUCUGCACGGGAGUGAGUAGCACCACGACUGUACCCAGCACCACCACCACUACCACCACCACCACGACCAGCGUGGCGACCCCGUCGCCGACGCAGUCGGGGAUGGUGAGUAAUUGUGACGCGUUCUAUCUGGUGGCAACGGGUGAUACGUGCACGACGGUUGCGCAGAAGAAGGCAGUGUCGGUGACGGAUAUUGUGUCGUGGAACCCGGGUGUUGGGACUGGUUGCACGAACUUGUGGUUGGGGUAUUACAUUUGCGUGGGUGUUUAUUAGGUCCUUGGAGAUGGUGGAUUUAUUGAGGACGAGAAGAUAGUCACGAUGGAUGAGUGCUCUGGGAUUAAUCGGGCUCCUGUGGUAUGUGAACCAUGUCGGGUUGAGCUUGUCUGGGAUAGGAUGUGAGGGUAUUUAGGGUUGUCAAUAAUGUGACGCGUUGAGUUGAGACUGUCUUGAAUCACAGUCCAGUACUAUUUCGCCUUAAGAUGAUAAACCAUACUAAAGUAAGACUAAAGUGAGAUGCUCCUCAUUUAGAGUGUGACCUCUAGACUCUUACCAUAUUCACCAAAGGCAUGACACUCCUCGAUGAGAGUCUGUCAAUUUGUAGCUUCGUCCGAU